AAGGGUAUAUAUUCUGUGAUUAUAUCAAUGUGUUUGAUAAAAUUACUGAAUAAGAGACUGUUAUGAAGACACAUUUAUUAUAUUUAGUACAUUACAUGAUGUUCUUGGGUUUUACAUUCUACUGUUUCACUCUGGUAUUCGUUCCGUUGUAAUCGAUUCAUGCAUAUAUGGUCCAAGUUUCAAAUUUCAAGCAUGCCAGUGGCAGCGGAAGUGUAUGGUGAGGGAUUUCCAUACGCACCGGAAAGUUGGCCGGAAAAGGGUGAUGUUUGGGGAUGGAGAACUGGCCGGAGAGUUGUCCCUAACGGUAAUCACUUUCAGGAUCGGUAUCUGUAUUUGCCAAAUCGAUUACUCCUCUUGUUGAAGGAAGAGAAGGAAAAUCCAGGGUCAGAAUUAAGCACUUCCCGCAAGCAACACAUCUUCGCCAGCAAGCUCGCCGUUAAAAGCUACCUCGAUAGAUAUUUUCCUGACGCCGAUCUUAAUGUCUUUUUCUCUUCCUUCUCCUGGAAGAUUCCCGCUAUAUCUGCUUCCGGCAAUGCAGUCCCUAUAGCUGCUGUUCCUCUUCAACAGAUAGCACAAGAUGAAGAAGCAUGUGACUCCAUGCCGUGUGAUAUCUGUUGUUCUGAGCCUUUGUUUUGCCGUGCUUGUUGUUGCAUGCUUUGUGGGGAAACUGUUUGUGCAGAUUAUGGUGGCUAUAGUUAUGUCAAGUGCCAAGUGAAUGCUGGAAACGGAAUCUGUGGCCACGUUACUCAUGUUGAAUGUGCUCUCCGAUGUUCUUUGGCUGGCAAAGUUGAAGAAAGUGUUGUGCUAGAUGCAGAGUACCACUGUCGACGCUGUGAUGGAAGGACCGACAUGAUUUCUCAUGUCAAUAAUCUUCUACAGACAUGCAAAUCUACGGAUUUGCAUGACCAAAUUGUGCAGAUUUUGAAUCUUGGCUCUUGUCUCUUGCGUGGUUCGGAGAAGCCCGCUGCAAAGGAGCUUCUGCGUCGAGUUGAAUUGACCAUCUCAAAGCUUAAAUUUAUAACCAAUCUUGAAGAUAUCUGGAAGGAGGAUGAAAGUGUUAUAGCUCAUUCUGCAGAUAAUGGCAAAGAUGUGAUGGAUGUGACAAUUGGGCAUUCUGAAGUUAACACGGGUUUGGAAUCUCAUAAUUUUCUGCCACUUUCAUUGAAACUUGAGGCCGAGGUAGAUGAGGUUCUUCAGGAUUUUAGAAAGUCCCAGGAGCUUGAAUAUAAGGUGGCUGAAGAAACACUUCAAACACAAAAAACCUAUCUUCAAAAUCUGUAUCGGCAACUGGAAUAUGAAAAAAGUGUAUUGGCUGGUCAAAUUUCAUCAUCUGCCUCAAAGGUCUCAUCGAGUGCUGUAAGAGAAAGAAAGAAACAGAUAAAACGGGAGCUGGAUAAGUUUGAAAUGAUGAAGAAGGUAGCCAAUGGUUUUAGCAGGACACCCCACAGUAUUAUCAAGAAACACUUUUUGCUUUAAAGUGAUAAAUCUUCUGUGACAGUUUGAACUUUCUCCAAUUUUCACUGUUUUAGUAGCAUUAUAGUGUAUUUGGUGUUAUCAUCUUGGAUGUUUUUGCAAACAGAAUCAAGUGGCUUCUCUGAAAUCUUAACAUUAACACACAUUUCAUCUACAAAGUCAUAAUAAUACACUCAUAAACAACAAUCUUACCUACCUGUGACCUGUGAAGGGUUCAUGACAUCGAUAACUUAGCUGUUAUUGCGAUCUGUUGAAACAUUUUGACAGUGGUUUCUAAAAAUUGUUAUGUAAUAAUUUUUUAAUUUGUAAUUUU